AUGGCUAGCCAACAUACGACCGAGGUUCUGGGGAGGAUGCAUGCUCUCAAGCUCACAGCACUCUCUGAUGCCCAGAAUCAUGAGGGCGUGGACGUGGUUGAUCUGCUGCCGGGCCCCAUCUGGCACAUCAUCUUCCGCCACCUGCUGCUACCGCCACCAGCCAACUCCACUCAGAAACGAGGCAACUCCUUGGGCGCUUUACAGCAGGGAGCACGCAGCACCUCAUUCGCCACAACUAGGCCCCUUUCCGCCAGCGAGCAGCAUGAGGAGAACACGAGGCGCUUCGGCUCCUCCUGGCCUCUGCUGCGCUGUGCCAUGUCCAGCAAGAGGCUCUUCGAGCAUGUCACCUCUUUCUCCGUGAGUCAUCCGCUGCGUCUCUUGCUUCCCUACAUUUCUACUCCUCACUACUCAUGCCUACACGAGCCUCCUUCUCUGUGA